AAAACACACCCGCAUCGCGAUCCGAACUCGUGAGUAGGCAACGGUCAUUCAAUUCUCUCUUUCGCAAGUAGUUUCUGGCCACGAUUUAUUCCAAGUCAUAUUUUCCGUAUAAAUAUUGGAAAUAAUAUGGAUUCGACGUUUGAUAAAUAACGUGUUCCGAUGAGAUUGAUUGAAACGAACGAGCGAACAGCGGGACAAAGUGAUUUAUUCGAAAGAACGAUUCGAUGCUCAGAUAUUGAAUGUAUGUUUCCGCGGAAUGAGAUUCGAACGGUCAAUGAGCAAUUACAAGGCUUUAUAAAAAUUUCGUUUCUGUUGUAAGUUUUAUUGAGACUUUGUGGAAGAUAUUUUACGUUUGCUACAAUUUUGUGAAUUUGACCAGAUAAUUGUAUCAGGACUUCCCUUUUUAAAAAUUCUGUUUUAAAAGGAUCAAUAUUGCAUAAUAAGUUUAAUAUAAUCAAGUUACCUUCUACGUGGAAUCAUACAGAACUUUGAAAAUGCGAAUGCGUAAAGCCAUUAAAAAGAGGAUUGAAACUUGUUUAAAAUGAAAGGCGCAGAUACCAUAUUUCCAGCAAAUUAAAUCACAGGCAACUUUCAAUACGAGAUAUGGACAAAGGAUAUCGUUUUAUAGAUAACGAUUCUUAUAUCUCUAUCAUAACAAUAUCGAAACCUCUGAAUUUCCCACGAGAAGAAUUUAUUCAUUUUUUUUUCUUUUUUUCGCAUAGAAAACCAGAAAUCUCCAACUCGCAGUUUAACUGAACCUUAUGCAGUAAUUUCUGUGAGAAGAGAUCUACCAAAAACGUUCAUAAGGAAUUGAAACAUCCGGGGGCACGUUAUUUGAGGAAUCUGUCGCCAUUGUAGCUAAAGUAGAAGCAGAGACGAGAAACAGUUCACCAGUUUCGUAUGUGACAAGGAAUCUAGGGAAUGCAAGGACAUGCUGACCGUACCGGAAGCCCCCUUAGGGAACUGCCUUGCAAGAUGCAGGGAGUCCAAGUUUGCCAACGUUACUUGCUACUUCCGGUAAGGAAGAACGCGCCUGGACUAUGGAACUGCGGGCUUGAAGGCAAACCGUCGGGCGGGGCUACAUUGAGAAACGUAUUUGUAAACAUACAUCCUACCCAUGAGGCUCGAGCAGCCCGUGUCGCAGUAAAUCCCGGUACAUUAAUAUUAAUGCGUCUUCGGCAUGUACAACACACUCGUGCCUUCUACUCAGCUGGUUCUCCACAUCGCAGAAAGCAUGAGAGUUCAACAGAGUUUACAGCACCAACCGUGUACGGAACCUGAACCUCUUCACAAUAUCUGCGUUCCGUCUGUCUCGCUUUCAUCUCGCAGUCUCGGGUAUUCCUUACGCCUCUCACUCCGAGAAAAUCAGCUUAGUUUUUUACUCACGUUUGUCACGCUGAUUCUUCGCGGUCUCGUUCAAAAGUGUUUUGGAAUUUUUGUGUCUUUGAAGCGAGUAAUAGAAGAAAGGGGGAAAUGAUAUGCACGUGUAAUUAGUUCUUUAGAUUCGAGGUAGUUUUGAAGUCUUUGAUGAAUCUUUUAGACCCUUUUGUUUGUAACACAGAUGAAACGUGCUCUAUUUCGCUAUAUUUUAUUUCUGUACUUUGGAUUAGGAUCCAUUUCAACCUGUUGAAAUUACACACUUGAAAAAAAUUUCAAAGGAAUAUUUGCAGCAUUCAUGUUUUAUGAAUAUACUUCACCUUUUCAGCAGUUUUAAAGAAUAUCAAAAUCUUGCUUCGGAGAGGCAAGCUUAGCUUUUUAAAAAUUUAACUGGUUAGGAAUAUGUCUGAAAAUAUACGAUCAACGUAGAAAUGUGUAAUAGAAAUACAUACGAAAAGAAACGAUCAACAUUGGUCAUUCAUGACAAAUGUUCCCUUUCUGCCUUUAUGUUGGGUGACAAGAAAGUUUGAUGAAAAGGCCGGGGCCAUUGUUGAAUCAAGGAAGAGUGAAAGGUGACGUGCGAUAAUAGAAUACCGUGGAAUAGUAAAAAUACCGCAUUUGCGUCAGUUAGGAAAGUAGAACAAUUAUACAGGUUGGAUGACCGAGUGAAAAGAAAUUGUAGUAGCAGAAUUAUCGAAAAUAAAAAGAAUCUACUUUAUUUGAAUUUAUGAACAUUUCUCAUAAAAUUCCCAAUUUUUAAUACCCAAAUGUUUCAUCUCAGUCUUCUUGGAAAUAAAUUUAAAUGCUUUGCACUAGUGUGGUAUUUCAUUAAAUUACUUCUUUUUAUUUCCCAAUAUUUUCCGAGUAUUAAGAAACAUUUUCAUGCGCAAAUAUUCAU